UUUAGCAUACUGUUUGUUUAUUUUGUGGUCAGUGUUGCAGUGCCGUUUCAAGAUUAUGGAGGACGGAGCUUCACACAGAUUUGCCGAUGUUGGAAAUAAACGAGAUGGCUGUAGAAAACUUCGUGUGGUUCACAUCUCCGACACGCACAUGGAACAUGACAACAUAGUCAACGAAAUCCCGCCCGGUGACGUCAUAGUUCAUUCCGGAGAUUUUAGCAAACGGAGAUUCAUGAAUUUCUUUUACAAUGACCAUAGUGACACAGAGAUGUUGAGGAAGGUUAAUUCAUUCUUUAAUCAAUUGCCUCACCGAUAUAAAAUAUUCGUGGCCGGAAAUCAUGAUACGUUUCUAACUCAAUAUUCUGCAGAAGAGAUUCAAAAGCGGUUACCGGAUGUGACGUACUUGCAAGAUUCGUCUGUUGUGUGUGAAGGAAUAAGGUUUUACGGAAGUCCAUGGACAAUAAAGUCAAAAAAGAUCAAGACGUCAAAGGCAUUUACGGUGGCUGACACCGUCCUUCGGGAGCGCUGGGGUGCCGUAGACAAGGACACUGAUGUUCUCAUUACCCAUACUCCUCCCUAUGGGGUGCUAGAUUACUCCCGCCAUCUUGGCGACUCGCCUCCCGAGUCUGUGUGUCAGUUCUGCGACAAGCUUCACCCCAGAGCGGGCCAUGCUGGAAGUUUUAGUCUCAGAGAAGCUGUUCUGCCAACUAUCAGACCCAAGGUUCAUCUGUUCGGACACCUGCACGGAUCAGCGGGACUCACGGAAUACGACGGAAUCACGUUUUCCAACGCGGCUUUUGCCUCAAAACAAAAAUUUAACGUUAUUGACAUUUACUCCUCUUGACGAAACACGGAACAAAACUAAAAUCAAAGUACUGAAGAACUGACGGGAGUUGAUUUUGUCGAUGUUUAUUUCUUUUAAAGUCAAUGAUAUGUUAUUUUGCAUGACAAGUACAUGUAGUUUCUAAUUUGUAUUUGAAUUACGCACAUUUUUAUAAUAUGAAUUUUUGGACUUUUUCGACAAGAAUGCCGAGUAACCCCCAUAUGAAUCAUGUUAAAUAAUAUUUAAAGAUAAAAUUAUAAUUCAAUCAAACUAUGUAUCAGUAAUAGAAAUAUUUCUCGAAAAUUGUAUGGAUCCAAGCAAUAUUGAACUCUAGUCUCGUUCAACCAAACGCUCGGCUGACACCGUAAAUCUCCGGCAAGCAAGAGAGAAUCUCUGUUUGAUUAACGGAGACAGCCGAGCGUCGAGUUGAACGAGACUAUAUUGAACUCUGGCGUAGGAAUACAUACGACUACAAAAAAUAUCUAAAUUGUUCGUACCAUUUAAAAUCUGACUAUUUUCAAUGGUUUUUAUAAAUAAGUUUCCUUGAAAAACAAUGUUUUAGCAUACAGUCAUGUACAUUACAUCGAAUUUAUCAAUUAUUUUCAAGAACUAAGUCUUGUCAGCAGCGAUGAAUUGUGCUGAGGUCCAAACACUGUUUCACUUUCGGUUUGUCCGGGUAACUGCAUAGGAGAGUUGAUUAAAAUCAACUCCCAAAAACGAUAAGAUUUUACACUUUAGUUGCAAUUCAAAUAUAUAUACUACGUUGAAUUAUCAGAUGAAUGAGUAUGUGUGUACUUUAAAUUAUGUGCAAGAAAUAUGUUAGAAUUACGUUUUAAGAAACUAUAUUUUUCUGGAAUAAAGCAAAGCUACUGAAAGAGAA